GGAAAGCCUGAGAGGUGAAAGAGCGCCCCUGAUCACACUCCUGCUACCUAACUAAGCAGCAAUGGACCACUUGGCUGGCUUGACCGCGAGAGAAACCGUGGAGCGGAUCGCUACUCUGCUGGGCUGUGCUCCGACAUCUGAGAAGGUGGCCGCUUUCCUGGACGAGCAUGACGAGCUGCGACACCUCAGGGAGAAGUUUCUGCUGCCUAAAAUAUCCGAUUUACCUCCCUCUGAUUUGGCACUGGUGGAUGGUAGCCAAGAAAGCAUCUACCUGGUGGGCAACUCUCUAGGCCUGCAGCCCAAAACCACUAAGAAAUACUUGGAGGAGGAGCUGGACAAGUGGGCCAAAAUAGGGGCGCACGGCCAUACGGAGGGGUCUCGGCCUUGGGCCUGGGCGGAGAACAACUUGGAGGCGAUCAUGGCAAAAGUUGUCGGGGCGCUCCCGGAAGAGACAGCAUUGAUGAAUGGGCUAACGGUGAACUUACACCUGCUUCUGCUUUCCUUCUACCAGCCCACAGCGGCACGGCACAAGAUACUUCUGGAACACAAGGCCUUCCCUUCGGAUCACUUCGCAGCCGAGUCCCAAAUCCGACUGAGAGGAUUUGACCCCGACCAGAGCAUGUUGCUGCUGGCACCCAGAGCGGGCGAGGAGACCCUGCGUACAGAAGACAUCCUCGACGUGAUCGAGACGGAGGGCGCCGCCAUCGCUGUGGUGAUGCUCAGCGGUGUUCAGUACUACACGGGUCAGCUGUUCGACAUGGCCGCCAUCACCGAGGCUGCUCACAGGAAGGGCUGUUUGGUGGGCUUUGAUCUGGCCCAUGCGGCAGGGAACGCCGAGCUGAAGCUGCACGACUGGGGAGUAGACUUUGCCUGCUGGUGCACGUAUAAGUAUUUGAACUCUGGUGCUGGUGGGCUUGCUGGAGCUUUCAUACACCAAAAACAUCAACAUACCAUCAAACCUACGCUCACAGGCUGGUGGGGUCAUGACCUCAGAACUCGCUUCCAGAUGCAUAACGAGCUAGAUCUACAGCCUGGUGUGAGUGGCUUCAGACUGUCCAACUGUCCAAUUUUGCUCGUGUGCCCCCUUCAGGCCAGUUUGGAGGUUUUCAACAUGACCAGCAUGCAGGCCCUGCGUAGGAAGGCCGUGCUGCUGACAGGAUAUUUAGAGUAUCUGAUCGCCCACCACUACUCAGCGGAUCCCACCCGGCCCGCUAAACUUCAAGUGCGCAUUGUUACGCCCUCCGACCCCGAGCAGAGAGGCUGCCAGCUGUCGCUGUCUUUCUCCGUACCUAUUCGGCGAGUCUUCCAAGAGCUGGAGAAGAGGGGAGUGGCUUGUGACAUGCGCGACCCGAGCGUCCUCCGUGUGGCGCCAGUGCCGCUGUACAACUCAUAUAGUGACGUCCAUCGUUUCAUCAAAAGUCUGGAGGCGGCCUUGGCUGCCAGCAGCUGCUAAUCAAUUAGCAGCCACAAUGCUUCACUAAAACAUCCAAUAAAUUCUUGAAUU